AAGCAUAAAAAAUGUUGGAAGAUGCAUUCAAUAUAGAGUGGCAUACACCUGCACGAACUGUUCUCUCUAUAAGAAAAUCUAACAAGUCACUGUUAGAUCUGGCACUGCCUAUAUAUCAACCUCUUCAGCUUAGCUCACAGCAGCGCGCAUCCAAUCCAAAAAUUCCAAAUAGAGGGAGUUCUUCAAGCCUUUGACAAUGGCUGCUGACAAGUUCUUGUGCUUCGCCUUCGCCUCGCUCGUUUCCAUGGUGGUCUUGGCCGCCGGAUCGAAAUCACCGGACGGCGUGGCGGCGCUGCCGCGCCGUGGCCAGCUGGUCGCCGGCGGGGACAACGACAAGAACGAGUGCGUGUACACGCUGUACGUGGAGACCGGGUGGAUCUGGAAGGCCGGCACGGACGCGGCGAUCGGCGUGGAGCUCGCGGCGGCGGACGGCAGCGGCUUCGCCGUCGGGGACCUGGAGCGGUGGGGCGGGCUCAUGGGCGCCGGGCACGACUACUACGAGCGCGGCAACGUCGACGUGUUCAGCGGGCGCGCGCCGUGCCUGCCGUCCCCGCCGUGCCGGAUGAACCUGACCUCCGACGGCGCCGGCGCGCACCACGGGUGGUACUGCAAGUCCGUGGAGGUCACCGCCACGGGCCCCCACGCCGGGUGCGCCAAGGCGGCGUUCGACGUCGAGCAGUGGCUCGCCACCGACGCGCCGCCUUACCAGCUCUACGCCGAGCGGAGCGUCUGCGCCAAGAGCCGCCCCGGCGGCGAGGAGGAGCGCUGA